ACUUUUUGGUGAGUUUUGAGGGGAUGGUUCAUGGAUCGGCCCCAAAAUUUAAUAUGUAAUUUGGGUAUAUGAAAAUAGCGUUCACUUAAAAUUUUAUUCUAAUAUCUUCUACUAUUCUACAAAUAGUCAUAGCUCAGGCACCAAAGCAUAUUUUUUAACCCAGAGGGUCGCAUUCUUUUGGUCAAGACAUGUACUUUUCAUGAAAAAAGUAUGUAGAGUUUGAUAACCACACCUACGGUUAUGGGAUGGGAUUGAAGGGGGACGAAAAAUCCCAAAAUGGUCGUUUUUAGCGUUUUUUAAAUGGAUGCAGAAGGCGAUUGGAUUAAGCUAUCGAUUACUGUAACAUCUCAUUCGAAAGAUUUUUUAAGGCAAAGACGUCUUCAAAAUCGAUAGUAAUACAAGAAAACGUUCAUACGGAGUGUGGAGAAUGCGAGCGACCCAGGAAUCGAGAAUCUUUGCUUACGGAGUUUUUCUAUGAACAAUAACGUACCAAUAGGCGUGUCCAUAUUGGGGACAUAUAUAGCAUUUAAGUGACAGGAAAAAUUUCGGUACGAAGUCUCGUUAAUAACUUUCUACCUCCGAUUGAACGGAACUACAACUAAUUUAAAUCUUCAAUUUCUUUUAAACAGUAUGAUGAAUUCUCAAAUUAAUAUGAAAAAUUUGUAUGAAUUCCAUGGGCAGGCAGAUAAUUGUACAGACAAAUCAUUUCAUGAAAAUUUAAAAAAAAAUUCGAAGCCAGCCAGUGUAAAAACUUCAAAAAUAUUUAUAUUCUGUGCUAAAAUAUGUUUUAAACUCAGUCUUAUUAUGAUCUUUAUGAUAAUAUUUAACUCUUUGAGUAAUGGCACAUUAAUUCCCUUUUCAGUGUUUACUAUCAAUUCUAUCAUCGGUUUUCUUUGUUACUCUCGAUAUGUCAUUAUUUCAAAUCACAGAGUACAAAAUUUUUCAAAAGACUUGCAUGUUUUUAUAAUAUUUUUAGUUUUUAGCUAUAUAUUAUCACCUGUUUUUAAAAAUCUUACUGAAACUGUUAGUACUGACACUGUAUAUGCACUGACAACUUUUAUGUUUGUUAUACAUUUGUUACUUAACAAGUAUGGUUUAUCUGAUGUUUCAUUGACUCAAUCAUUAUCGAUUACGUCAUCACUGUUUGGUUCUAUAAUGUUAACAUCUAGGUUGCCUUCAACGCUCCAUGCGUUUUGUUUGUUGCUAACUUCAGUGCAAAGUUUUGUACUGUUACCAAAAUUUCUUUUCAAAAUUGCUAAUCCGAUUUCGUUAUGUUUAUUUACAGUCUCUUUAACUGCGUUUAUACUUUACAAUACAUCUUAUAUAUUGUUACAUAUAUUUCUUUUGAUUUCAUUAUUUAUGCAACUAAUCUGUCCUCUUUUUUUCGUUAAGUGGCAAGUUUAUAAAGAAAAUAUUUAUGGUCCUUGGGAUGAGGCAAUAAUUCAGUUUUAAUAAUAAGAACACUGAAGUGCGAAGAAAUGGAUUCAAUAUUAUAACUUGAAUCACAAUUUAUAUGUUUAACUUCUAAUAAACCGUUUUAUACA